AUGAGUUUAUCAAAGAAAGGGUCUCCGACAGACACAAAGCUGGGCUCUCCAAACAAGGCUGCUUUGAAUCCAAAUGCGGCAGAGUUUAUUCCUUUUUCACUCAGAUCAUUGCCAUCUGGAAGUACUAGCUCGGUUGAUGCGACAGCAAGGCUAACAACGGCUGGUUCUCUUGGGAAAGCAGUUUUAGAUAGAUCAGAAUCAUCCGUUUCUAAUAAUUCUGAUGACGAGGCCCACAAUUACUGGCGUUGCCAACUUCCGGAUGAUAUCACCCCUGAUUUCAAAGUCAUCAUGGAAGAAGAAGAACCUCAAGGUCUUAACAACCUCUCUUUAGCAGGCUUAUCCAUACACGACGAAAAUGAGUCCUCAAUGUUUCCUUCUACCAAUGGAAGUAGAUAUAUACUAAAUGAGCAGCAAGAAUUAUCUCAACAGCUCCUUAAUGGAAAUACCAUUGCCGAUAAGUUACGGUUUUCCAAUUCAACCUACCGGGAAGAACCAUCUUCAGCAAGCUUUUUGAAUUCAUUUGCAAAGCCUUGGGAUAGACCGGUUGGGAAUAACAACCUGCAUAGCAGCAGUCAAGAGGCACUUGCUUAUGAUGACAAUGCUAGACAUGGAUUUAUAAAUGAUGUUUUGACUGAGAAUGCUAUUGUGGACGAGACCGAUUUUAACCCUUUGGACUUUUUAGCUUCUCUAUUCCCUGGUUUUGCGUCAGAAAGCCUUGCUGAAGUUUACUUUGCCAAUGGAUGUGAUUUACAUUUGACCAUUGAGAUGCUCACUCAGUUAGAGAUUCAAGUUGAUAGUAAUUUCAUCCAGAACCCAACUCCAAAGACUCUGUCAUCUCCCAAUCUGACUGGAAUGGACUUUCCAGCACUUGCUUCAACAAACGGCCAGACUACUUCUGCAAAAUAUGCAGGAGAUAAUGUUCAACAAAGUGGCAGUCCUUACAUACCGAGUGGCAAAGACUUGCUCAUGUUCAAAUCUGGCUCUUCUUUUCCAUCUAGAGGUGCUACUGACUUUGCUUCAGCUGUCAGGAAAUUGGCUUCUCAGGAUUCUGGAAUAUGGAAGUAUGAUAGAAAUGGUUCUGGUGAUGCUUCCACUGGAUCAAGUAGGAGUUUAAAUGUUCUUGCUAGUGCCUACAAUGGCGGACAGGGGAGAACUAACCUUGGGGAUAGGUUUCAAAACCGUGGUUCUGGCCGGCCAGCUCCUGUCUGGCUUGAAACUGGUGACGCUGUUGCAAAUAUGUAUUCUGAAUUCCGGGAGGAGGCUCGUGAUCAUGCACGCUUACGUAAUGCAUAUUUUGAGCAGGCACGGCAAGCUUACCUUAUUGGCAAUAAAGCCCUUGCAAAGGAGCUAAGUGCUAAAGGGCAACUGCAUAACAUGCAUAUGAAAGAAGCUCAUGGGAAGGCUCAAGAUUCUAUUUACCGCCAAAGGAAUCCGGUUGGUCCAGAGAUGCAAGUUAAUGGUAGAGGACAUGAGAGAAUGAUAGACCUACACGGGCUCCAUGUAAGUGAAGCGAUUCACGUGCUGAAACACGAACUGAGUGUGUUAAGAAGCACAGCCAGAGCUGCGGAGCAGCGUUUGCAGGUUUAUAUCUGUGUUGGUACCGGUCAUCAUACCAGAGGUUCCCGCACUCCUGCAAGACUUCCAAUAGCUGUACAGCGUUACCUACUUGAAGAAGAGGGUCUUGAUUUCACAGAACCACAGCCAGGCCUGAUUCGUGUUGUGAUAUAUUGA